GGUGGGCGAAGAGUGCUCCGGGGUGGGAGGCAACACAUGCCGAGCACAAUCAGGGAUGGGACCCACGUCUGCAGCUGCACCUGGACCUGCUGCUCGUCAGGAAGAAACAACAAGCAAGAAAAGAAAUUGAGAGAAGGGGGGCGAGGGGUGAACUCGCCAGCAUCAGUCUAAUUUAUAUACUCCUUCAGAAAAGUCCCUUCUUCGCCAGCGAGGGAUUAAUAGAAAAGCCUAGACGCAGACGUUCGGGCAAUUGCACAAAGAUCCGGAAAGAAGUCUAAAAAUUAAAAAAGAAACAAACACGCACGCAGGGCUUGCUGGAUUUUGCACAGAGCGGCCAUCUCAGCUGGAAGCAAUUCUUUGGAUAUUUUUUUUUAAAUGCAUCUACGGAGUUACUUUGUAUCUACUCCUGAAAGGAGGGUAUCAUUUUCGGAUCAUACGCGGGGGUAGUUCUCCCCCUCCGUAAUGGUACCGGAUUAAUCGUUGCAAAGGGAGAUUCCAUAAGCGGUUCCAUUUCUGGAGCAUCUCUGUCCACACCUCUCUUGUAACCCGACGGACAUUCUCAACUCUUGGAGGACGCUCUUUCCCAGCCAAGAUGGAAGAGAAGCGGCGAAAAUACUCGAUCAGCAGUGAUAACUCAGACACCACUGACAGUCAAACAACAUCAACUUCAAGAUGCUCCAGAAUUCCAAAUACAAAAUCUGGUUGGUCAAGGCAAAAGGAGAAGAAACCCUCAGAGGUUUUUCGUACGGACUUGAUAACAGCAAUGAAGAUCCCAGAUUCUUUCCAGCUGAGCCCAGAUGAAUACUAUAUCCUUGCUGAUCCCUGGAGGCAAGAGUGGGAGAAAGGUGUUCAGGUGCCGGCAAAUACAGAAACAAUCCCAGAACCAGUGGUCAGGAUAAUACCUCUGCUAGACCAUUCUUCAUCACAGACCUUUCCAGGGAAUCUGUCUAGCUCUGACAGUUCAGAUGCUACUAGAACAUACUCCCAUAGACUAUGUCGCUAUGAUCUGGAUGAAAUUGAUGCUUGCUGGUUGGAACUUUUCAACAUGGAGCUCAAAGAAAUGGAAAAGCCAGAAAUGGAUGAAUUCACCUUGGAAAGAGUGCUUGAGGAACUGGAGACUCUGUGCUAUGAGAAUAUGAACGUUGCCAUUGAGACAGAAGAAGGCCUUGGCAUAGAAUAUGAUGAGGAUGUGGUGUGUGAUGUAUGCCGUUCACCAGAAGGAGAAGAUGGCAAUGAGAUGGUUUUUUGUGAUAAAUGCAAUGUCUGUGUGCAUCAGGCUUGCUAUGGAAUCCUAAAAGUUCCCAUUGGAAACUGGCUUUGUCGGACCUGUGCCCUGGGAGUUCAGCCAAAGUGUUUACUCUGCCCAAAGAGAGGGGGAGCCCUGAAACCUACCCGGAGUGGAACAAAAUGGGUUCAUGUUAGCUGUGCCUUAUGGAUUCCUGAAGUUAGCUUUGGAUGCCCUGAAAAAAUGGAACCAAUUACAAAAAUUUCACAUAUCCCAGCAAGUAGAUGGGCUCUGUCAUGCAGUCUUUGCAAGGAGUGUACUGGAACAUGUAUUCAAUGUUCCAUGCCUUCCUGCAUCACAGCCUUCCAUGUAACAUGUGCCUUUGAGCACAAUUUGGACAUGCGGACACUGUUAGCGGAGAAUGAUGAAGUGAAGUUCAAGUCAUUCUGUCUUGAGCAUAGCACUGGUGCCACCAAGCCACCAGAUGAAGCACGGAUGGAUGCAGAUCAAGGUAAACUAGACAUGGAAAAGGUAACACUGAGAAAACAGAAGCUCCAACAGUUGGAAGAGGACUUCUAUGACCUUGUGAAACCUUCUGAAGUGGCUGAGAACCUUGAUUUGACUGAGUGGCUAGUUGAUUUUGUCUAUCAGUACUGGAAGAUGAAAAGAAAAGCCAAUUAUAACAAGCCACUGCUGAUGCCCAAGACGGAUGAAGUGGAUAAUUUGGCUCAGCAAGAGCAGGAUGUGCUGUACCGACGCUUGAAGCUCUUCACACACCUUAGACAGGAUCUUGAAAGGGUUAGAAAUCUUUGUUACAUGGUGACAAAACGAGAGAAAAUGAAGCACUCCAUUUGCAAACUCCAGGAACAGAUUUUCCAUCUCCAGAUGAAACUUAUCGAGAAGGAUCUUUAUGCAGAGCAAACUGGGAGGAGAACAAAAGGAAGGAGAAGUGACCCAAAAAGGAAAGGAAGAGAUGAUAGGAAAAACAGUCCUGAGAAGAAAGAAAAAAGAAAAUCAGGGAAUGAGUUAGUACUAGGACAGCUAGGUUUGUCAACUUCCUUUCCCAUUGCCGGGACCUUCUUCAACAGCUGGUUGGCUCAAUCUGUACAGAUCACCACUGAGAACAUGGCAAUGAGUGAGUGGUCCUUGAACAAUGGCCAUCAUGAAAACACUACCCCAGGCCUUUCUGAAGAACUUUUACAAGAUGAAGAGACCUUACUAAGUUUCAUGAUGGAUCAUUCCUUGAAGUCCCCAUUGAAACAGAGUGACACAACUAAGAAAACUAAGAGUAAAAUUCGAACGCACACUAAGAAAAAACCAGCAAGAAAUGGCUUAAAUGCCCUCUUUAAAAGACAUCAAGAAGAGGAUUCAAAUAAAUGGACUAACAGCAGUUAUUUGGCAGAUAAUACUAUGAAAUCUUUAUCCCAUGAUUUAAGAAAUGGAAAGGCAGAGAAAAGUAUGGACAAACUUCAGUCAGAGCGCAAAGGGGUAUGUGAAGUGAAAAAGACAUCUAAGAAGGGCUCUUCUCAUCCUGCACUUCCUCGUCCAAAAGCAAAUGAUUCUCAAGCAUCCCAGAGUCUCAUAAAUAACCUAAACAAUGAUGAGGAUAUAAUGAAAUACACCCCAUCUGAUCCUAACUCUCUGGUUCAAGUGCCUGAUUCAGUAGGUAGUGUGAAAACAGUGGUGAGGUUCAAAUUACCGAAAGAAGGCAAAGGGACUCACAGACCACAGAACAAGACCCCUGAGAUGCUUCAUGGACCUCCAGAAAAUGAAAAAUCAAAGGUUAUCUUACAUCCUUUUGACAAUGAGACUGACGGCUACUUUUCAGAUGCAGAAAUGAGUGACUCUGACACAGAAUCUGGAAGUGGCAGAGGGCACCAUAGCCAGUUAGAUUCAGGAAAUGAGGAUAAUUUCAGAAUGAGUAUUUUAGCAUCUUAAUGCACCUCUAAGACCAGUCAUGACAGCUUUGUGAGGCCUAAAUCCAGUUACAACUGCCAUGUCCAAUUUCACCUGAUAUCAUAACAAAGGGUUUUGAUUUGUUACUUUGUUUUUAAUUUGUAUAUAUAAUUCAGAAAUGAGCACUGUUGUUGCCUCUCUCUAUAUGCUUGAGAAACAGCUCCAAGCUUCACCAAUUUAGACUUCUAUACAGUCACAGUAGGUAGCCCUUGUUACAUGUAUAUCCUGGAUACGUAGAAUGUAAGCAUACACGUUAUUAGGGACAUCAGUUUUCUGGGAGCAAGCAGGACAUCCCAGAUUUUAAUGAGGUCGUCUGAGAUUGCCAGUGUCUGUUGUUCAUGCAGGGAUGACAGUUUUAUGGGCAUUACUUAAGCAUAUUGAUUUCAUGACCUGCCAGACAUUACUGCCUAUUUUAGGGCAGAUUUCAGAAGGGGAAUUCUGCUAUGGAAGCCAACUAUAUCCAUACAACGUAAUGGAAAAGUAAAAAUGGAUGUUCGUGUGUGUGUGUGUGUGUGUGUGCGUGUGUGUGUGUGCAUGCGUGCACCUGCACAUGCAUGUACCCAUGUGCAGGGUUUGCCAGUGUGUGUGCGUGUGCAAGUAUGAAGUAAAAUAAGCGAUUCUUUUUUUUUUUAAAGAAGCACAACAAGCUUAUUUGAAGAAAGCACUUAAUGGGUAGAGGAAUACAACGUUGUAUUUAGGGUCUGCUAAACCUUGUUUUUCUUCCUCCUUUUCUUUCUCACCUCUUCAGUUCAAUCAGGGUCCAAGAGGCAAGAACCAAGAUUUAACUAUCACUCCAACUAUCAGCUGAGCAGCCCUAUAAAGAUUCAUCCAAGGCUCUCAGUAGAUAGAAUUACAGAUGCAUGCUAAGGCUGCUCUGCUCCCUCGGUAUUUUUCCAGAGUAAUUUGGGGUAUUAUUUAUACUACUCAUGGGUAAAACCUAAACCUUUGGUUAUUGGAGCCAUUCCCAUGAUUUCCUCAGGUAAAUUAAAAUAGCCUAGUAUGGGCCAAACAAAGAUUAGAAGAAGAAAUGUUUCCAUUACUCAGCGGGGGAACUUACUCAAAUGGCUUCAAAGAGGUCCAAUCUGUGCUUUCAUGAUAAAUCAGUAAAUCUCCAUUCAUAUGUUCAGGAGCUGCUUCUGUACAGUCGCAAUCACUUGGUUGAAGAGGCAGCAUCAUUGAGAAGCAACUGAAGCAUUUGCCUUUCCCAUGUUACUUGUUUCUAUAAACACUAAUUAAAGUGAUGGCUUUCCCCCUUUCCUUCCUUCCUUUCAAAGUAAAAACUUAUUAGUGAGCCAUCAACACAUCCUAAGAGGGUGAUUCACAGAAGUCAGCAUUCUAAAUAUUUCAAUAAUAUUGUACAUCAGAUGUUUCUAAUAAGCCUUAAAUGUUGUUCAAAAGCUGGUGUGACUUAUGAGUCAUGCAGAUUUCCAAGUUUGCACUUCAUUACACUAUUGAUUCAAUUUUGGCUUCAAAGGUUACCGUCAAGGUUUUGAGGUUUGCUACAGGCUUGAUGGGAAUGGCCCCAGUGUAAGCUCAGGGAAGUAAAACAAAAAGAAAAGUGAAAUUCACUAAACAUUUUUGCUGAUGGUAGGUGACUUUUAAAUGCAUGUGUGAGUAUAUAUGUAUGUGGUACAUGCACACAUAUACAUAACCUCACAUAUGCACACUGGGACAUUUUCAAACUGGGGGAGACAAACAUCUUGCAGUUCUGAUGAAUCUGUGAAAUUAUAUUAUGGAUGCCAAAGAAUAUAGUAAAAUAGCACAGCCAGAAACCGGAAACUUGCUAUGAACAAAAGCUGUUGAGUAACUAAAGGACUAAAUCUGUAUUCAUGACCCAGUUUGCAAGCUUGCUGAAGAUGAUGCUUUCAUCAUUUGAACCACCUCCCACCAUUGUGAUUUCUGAUGUUCCUCGUUCACUGCAGUCUGAGCGAUACUGGUUUUUUGUUCUGUGAUGCCAUAUACUGGCGAUACUUCAUUGUUAGAAGGUCACAUUAUUUUUACCAGCCUUCUGAAGUCCUUAAUACUACUCCAGUUGAGCUAUAAUUUAGAGAAAAUCUAUUCUGAAAAGAAAACAAAAUCAGUUGCCAAACACACGUCAGUGUUUUACUGAUACAAGUUUUGUUUGCAAAAUUAUUUUUCAAAAGCUCUGACCGAAAUGGAACAGUUCAAUGUUAGCCUAACCUAUAUGGAUUGGCAAGUAAAUUCUGCUCCAUCUUCAAGGCUUGGUAUGUUCAGAUAAUGUUAAAUACAGUAAAUAGGACUUAGUUUUAUCUUAUCAAGCUUGCUAGGCUUUAGCUACAAUAUCCUAGUUAUGUCAUACAAAUAAUCAAUAUGCUGCCUUUAAUGGACCUUGCUUCCGUGUGCUUCAGUUCAACUAUUGCUUUAAAAAAAGAGAAAAAAAUCCAGAAAUCUUGCUGUAUGCAGCUUCAUUUGCCAGCUACCGCAUUACUUGCUUGCUCACUCAAUACAGGACAGCAAAAGGGGUAAACUUUAAAGAACAACCAAACUAAAGCAACACCUGUCUUCAUUUGGAUGAUGUAUAGAAGGAUGGGACACUCCAUUUUUACUGUGAAUAAGAUGCUAUUAUGAAAAAAAGCCCUUUUUAAAAAAAAAAAAAAAAAUUGAGAAUCUCAUUGAAUGUUGCUGACUCAGUCUUCCUUAAAACUGAAGGGAACAAGAUAGCCUCUACUCACGUGGGACUUCACGGAGUCGAGUGGAAUUUUGGAGCACAGCCUUUCUGCAUGAUAUGCUCAUAUUGCUUUAGCUAUCAUGAUUAAAAGUUUAGAAGGCUACACUGGGUUUGUAUGGAGAAUAAGAACUGUACGUGGGAAAAUGGACAUAGACUUCACAAAGAAGCAGGAACUCAGCAUGUUCCCAAUUACUUUAAUUGCCCUUCCCCUUACAGAAAUGGUUUGACUCCAGAGGGGCUUCUGUCAGCAAGUAAGAGCUGUGUUUUCACUGAUUGCCUCCUACAGCUCUCUCCCUCGUAAGUGGUACGUUACUGAGGGCUUGCAGCAGAUAGCCGGAAUUGGUAAAAAUCCACACACAAACCUCAGGCGUUCAUUGAAACCUUAUGGGGAAGUGUAUAAGCUCUUUCUGUGAAUGAUAGAACGCGGUAAGGUUAGGGUUCAUGAAGUGUAUGUAUGUUUGCAAGUGCUGAGGAAUCGGUUUGGAUUUUUUUAAGAUGCUCAGAAGUAAUGUUCACAAGCAUUCACAAUGUCUCCAUAGCUACAGUGAAGUCCAGUAAGUGCCUUGGACUUGAUUUCAGUCUGAACCCCAGCAGCUGUUGUAAAUGUAAUGUGUAGGGGGCUCAACUUCUCUUAGCUCAGGGGCUGCACCCGCUUUGGGCAGUGUGCUGAAGGUUGCAGUCUAAAAGCGGGCAGGGCCCGGGCCCCAUUGGCAGGAGGGAAGCUGGGAGCUUAAAGAGGUAAAGUGAGUGCCUUAAGCAUGUACAAGGUAUAAGGCGCACAGUUUGCUUCCAAAUCCAAACUGCCCACUCUGAAGGCCAUAAAAGGGAUGCUGGCAGGCCAUAUUUUUAUUUUAUUUUAUUUUAUUAUUAUUACCCCUGAUAAUAGUGCUGCCGUGAAGUGGAGCAAACACUGUGAAAUGCUCCAGAUGGCUAAUUCAAAGUUGUCUCUAGUAUAUGAGGCUUGGUAUAUUUAGCUAGCUGUCCAAGGGAGUUGCUCAUAGCACAGGGCAUUGCUAAAAAGACAAGUGUUUUGUCACAGUCAAGAUCCAGCUCUGAAUUACUUAAAAUCCAUUCUUUUGAAUUGUUUCCAGCAGUGUCUAUGUUAGCUCCUGCUCAGUUGACAGCUAUGUGCAUAUUAGUCAAAACCCUUUUAAGGAGAAUGCCAAUCUUCCUUUGCUACGUAGCACCUGCCUCUUUUCUUGUAGAAACUAGAGAUUUGCAUAAACAAAAAAGGAAUUGUAUGUGAAAAAUAUUUUUGAUGCAUUAUAAAUGUAUUUUGAAAUGAACAGAAAAAAAGCAUAAAUGGUCUAUUUUAUUACAUAAAGGUCUUUAAUCCAAUAAUGUGUGAACUUCAGGCAUUGACAUUUGCACUGUAAAAGGUGAAUCCUAUUAGCAUCAUGAUUAUGUAUUAACAUGGCUAUAGUAAAGCUCAUUUUUUGUUCAUUAAUAAGGAUCAAACAUUGCUUUUGAAACCUUAGAUUUAAAUGGAAUGUUUUCAAGUCCAGUUUUGGAAUAUGCUCAAACACACUUUCACCUUAAAUUUUUGGGAACGGGGUUUUUUUGUGGUGUAUUUUGAAUCUUUUGUUGAUAGUUAUUUUGUCAGCAUUUUUAAAGAAACAGGUUUGGCAGUGCUUUUCCUCAAAGCACAAUGGAGAAUUAACCAUUUCUCCCAAAGGGGGGGAAAGGAUAGAAUUCAUUCCUGCCUGUUCUUGUGACCUGUCAUGAGACUCCAUUUCCUGUUACUAGAUAGGUGUGGCAAUUUGGUUGUUCUUUAAGGAAACUCUUGCACACUUUGGUCCAUUCCACACUGACACAAUAUAGGCCCACUCUGUAUCAGUUACAGGAAACAAUAUGAAUGUCACAGGAGGCAAAGGCCUUCUGUUUUCUUCGUUUCAAAGAAAGUGAUGUGCCAUUUGUUAAUAUAAAAGAGAAAUAUUGAAAAUAUAUUGAAAAGAGCAAUUUUAAAUUAUUUUUGGCUUAUGUUGCAAUAUUUAUUUUCUUGUAUUAGAAAUUCCUUUGUAGAGAAAAAAAUGUAUUUUUCAUUAAUGCAAAACCUAUUUCUCCUUUUUGUACAUUUUCCAUGUUAGUUAAUCCUUAAAGCAAUAUAAUGUAUUACGGUUGUUCUGUGUGAAAGCUGUAUUAUGCAUGCUGUUUGUGUUGCCGUGGAAUAGGUCUGUCUGCCAUAAUUUUCAUCAUGUUUCGAUUCAGUGUAUGCUUUAAUACACAUUGGGACCAUGCCCCAUUUGCUUAUGAAAAAAGGAAUACCUUUGCAUUCUUCAAUGUGUUAGCAAAUGCAGUCAAUAAAGAUGUGUUUUCUGUGUA